AUGAAGUCAUCCAUUCUGUUCCUGGGAGCCACCGCAGUCGGUGCCUUGGCUGUCCCUGCGCCCUAUGGCCAUGCUGUGCAUGAGCGACGGGACUUCAUUCCAACAUCCUGGACUGAGGAGAGACGCCUGGAUGCGUCAACCUUGCUUCCUGUUCGAAUCGGAUUGACCCAGUCAAACCUGAACUAUGGAAAUGAGCUUUUGAUGGAGAUGUCGGACCCAUCCUCAAGUCGCUAUGGAAAGCACAUGUCGGCACCCGAGGUGCACGAUUUGUUUGCGCCCAGUGACGAGAGCGUCGAUUCCGUCCGUUCAUGGCUGGAGUCAUUCGGCAUUGCCAAGGACCGAAUCUCACAAUCUGUGAAUAAACAAUGGAUUCAAUUUGAUACUGGUACCGAUGAACUCGAGAAGUUGCUACACACCGAGUACUAUAUUUACUCUCAUGCUGACACGGGCCGGUCACACGUGGCUUGUCGCGAGUAUCAUGUUCCCCACUCGGUGCGUGAUCAUAUCGAUUACAUCACUCCCGGUAUCACCCUGCGCGAGGUGACAAGCGUUGGGAAAGCCAGUAACAAGAUUCAAAGGCGUUCGAACGGCCUGCUGCCAAUCCUGGAACCUAUCCUAAUGCCGAUCGAGGAGAUCCUGAACAAUGUCUUGCAAUUCUGCGAUCUUGCUGUCACGCCUCAGUGUAUCAAGGAAAUGUACAACAUCACCGCCGGAACAACAGCUACAAAGGGAAAUGAAUUAGGUAUCUUCGAAGGUGUUGGUGAUGUCUACGCUCAGGAGGAUCUGAACCUGUUCUUCGCCACUCUGGCCAGUGAUAUCCCAAGUGGGACUCAUCCAAUAUUGAAAGCAGUCGACGGAGCCAAGGCACCAACCUCGUUGCUGAACGCAGGCGCUGAAUCCGACCUUGACUUCCAAAUCUCUUACCCACUCAUCUGGCCGCAGAACUCCAUUCUCUUCCAGUCAGACGACAUGGUCUAUGAAGACAACUACACAUUCACCGGUUUCCUCAACACAUUCCUGGAUGCUAUUGAUGGCUCAUACUGCGACGAAAUCUCCCCACUGGAUCCCUCUUAUCCCGAUCCCCAAGAAGGUGGCUACAAGGGAUCCCUGCAAUGCGGCGUCUACGACCCACCAAAUGUCCUCUCAAUCUCAUACGGAAUGUCAGAAGCUGACUUGCCCAUCUUGUACCAACGACGCCAGUGCAACGAGAUCAUGAAGCUCGGCAUGCAAGGCGUCUCCGUCAUAGUUGCAUCUGGUGACUCGGGCGUAGCAGGACGCGAUGGCGACCCUACACCAAGCAACUGCUUAGGUGAAUCAGGCAAGGUCUUCGCUCCUGACUUCCCAGCGACUUGUCCCUACAUGACCGCAGUUGGAGCGACCUAUCUUCCUCCCGGGGCGAAGAUUCAGGACCACGGGGAGGUUGCAGUGACUCGCUUCCCAUCUGGUGGUGGCUUCAGUAACAUCUACCAGCGACCUAGCUGGCAGGCUCAGGCUGUGACGGACUAUUUCUCCAAGGCUAAGCCGGAUUACCCAUAUUACGAGAGCGUUAAUAACAACAGCUUCGGUGCUAAUGGUGGUAUCUACAACCGAAUUGGUCGUGGGUACCCCGACGUCUCCGCCGUAGGUGACAAUGUUAUCAUUUACAACAAAGGCCUGCCUACCUCGAUUGGUGGCACAUCUGCUUCAGCACCUGUCUUCGCCUCGAUUCUUACUCGGAUCAAUGAGGAGAGAUUGGCUGCAGGAAAGUCCACUGUCGGAUUCGUGAAUCCCACUCUCUAUGCCAACCCGGGUGCCUUUUUCGAUGUCACCACGGGUAAUAACUCUGGGUGCGGUACUGCUGGCUUCUAUGCUGCCGAGGGCUGGGAUCCCGUGACGGGACUAGGUUCUCCUAACUACCCGGCGCUGUUGAAGGUGUUCAUGGAUCAGUGA